CGUUAUACGUACGUAGCGUGUGUUCCUGCUAGCGGUAGGUGCAGGAGAAUACGAAAGAACAAACCAAAACACACGCUUGUUGCUGUUGCUGCUGCUGCUGCUGCUUCUAUAUGUGCACUCGAGAAGGCGCGAUCCGAUACGGCAACUGCGGCUCGCAGCUCAGCCAACCAGCUCAGUCAGUGGUGCUUUAACUGUGCGACGAUUUAGACGUGAUUUAGAAUUUUUCCUACUCGCGGCCUCUAGCAAGCCGAUCAUCGGACUGAAAGGGAAACAAAACGCCGUUUGUUUUGUGCCGUUGUGUGUUCUUGAUCGUCCCGUCGAACUUACUGCCACCGGUGUUUCGGUGUUCUAGUGGCUUCCUCCUCAGGGCCAGAGAAGCCAAAGUUAAGAGUAGUGACGAAAGCGAGGAUCGACUCAUGGUUACUUUCUAUGGUGGAUUCAGAUCGCGAUUGGAAAAAGCUAAAGUCACGUUUGAAGCCUUCCUACUGGAAGAACGAUCGGUGUUAGAUUUGUUUUGGCGCGCGUGUACACGUGUGAGCAGUGAUAGUUGUAAGCCCCCGGGGCAACAGUAGAAGUUGUGCUCUAUUCUGUGUGCCGGGAUUGGAAGCUUACGCGCCGGACACACGGCGUACGAUCAAAAUAGAAAAGAAAGCGUAGCCCCUUUUGGAUAUACACCGCCGUAGUGUGACGGUGAAUGCAAUUGGUUCAUUGAGAUCAAUUGAGAUCAACCGCGCCAGUGACUGACUGGAAGGGCUCUGAAGAAGUGCAAUUGUGCAAAACGAAAAAAAAGAACAAAACAAAACGAGAGCAAUAACAAUUGAGUGCAAUUGGUUGGGGUGCGUAGUGAAGUUUACAUGAAAAUGAAUUUUCAUCAAUUUAUGAAAAGUCCCGAUUGAGAUUACGCAAGCCAAUCUGUCCACUCAGGAAGGUACUCGUACUGUGAUCUACGAAUACACUGUUUUUGUUCCCACGGGAAGACCUUUGUUUCGAAGUGUGAUAGUGGUUGCAAACUCGCUCAACCCGACCAAGAUGGCGAUACCGUUUCUGCAACCCGAAGAGGACGAAAGUGCCCGGCAGCAUGGCAGUGCCGGAGUGCCACCGGCCAGUACCGGAAGUACCGUUGGUGGUGGUGCCGGCACUAGUAGUGCCGGUAUUGCUAUACCAAGUGCCAACGUGAACGCACCGGUUCCCAUGGUAGCCACCGGUUCGCCCCCGGUGGGACCGAUACUGGUGCCGGGGUCACCGUCCCCCAGUGGGACAACGACCGCCGUGCAGACGCCGCUGUUUGGUCCGAUGAACGGCGAUCAUCUAGUGCAGCUUUUCUACGAGGCGCUCUACCGCUACUCACGAGGAGAUACCCCCUCGACACCGAUCUCACAGUCACCGCAGAGUACGUCCUGCAGUCCGUUCACCACCGGCUACUACAGCGGCCAGGUGUUCUUCCCGCAGACCCCGAACGCGGUGCACCGGACCCCGCCGGGUGGCAUUGGCGGACGGGGCGGGGUGUUCUUCGGACUGCCGACACCGAGUCCCAGUGGAAGCAGUAGCCAUAGCAGCCAGCACAGUGCCAAUAGCCCGGAUACGCCAUCCUGUUCGUCGGCAAUUUUCCAUCAGUUCCCGACGAGCUUCUCGACGCCCAGUAGUGGAACCAGUCCUGCCAUUGUUGCCGCGUCCACCUCAUCCUCCUCUUCCACCGCAUGGAACGACGAGGGAGAUGAAUCGAGUGAGUCCGACUCGUCUCAGCCUUCGUCCGGAUGUAGUUCGCACUGCUUGGGCCUUCCGGCACUACACGGUCAUCCGCACCAUGAUGGGAGUGGCAGCAGCAGCAGCAGUAGCGUCAGUGGCGGAACAAUGGGCCUAAUGGCCCCAAACAACAACGCUGGGUUUAUUCCACCCCAUCUGGACUACAUGGCAGGUCGUGAACAGCUGCAGGAGUUUGCCGGCAAAAUCCCGCAGCGCAAGAAGAAGUCCAAGGCAAACAAGUCCAGGAAAUCGAGAUUUCUGGAGCAGACCUUGGUGUGGCCGACGUUGGCCGUGACCGCAACGCUGAUCGCUCUCGGAUGUGGUCUUCUUGCCUCCAGGUGAACUGGAGCAACCUGUCGUCAGUGCCAGCAGAAAAACAGAAAGCAAAAAAAAAGAAUCACACCACCCCAAGUGCCUAACCCGUUGACUGUUUUGAGGUGUUAAGCGUGUCCCUUGAUUUAUUUUCUUUUUCUUCGAUGACGUUUUGUAACACACGCACGCGGAAACAGCCGACGGGAUUAUCAAUCUAGUAUCAAUAUCUCCGGUGUGAAUUCUUUUGCAAAAACAUUACUCCGUCAUCUGUCUCCACGACAGCCGCAGGGUCACCGGCCAUACAAGGACUAGUUCAUCUGUGACGAAUGUGAAACGUGCAAGCAGCACCCGUGCAGUUAUAGGCGGAUCCCACGUUUAGAAAAUAUAUAAUACCAUGAAAUGAAUAACGAAAUAGAACAGCAUAAAUAGAUACUUUACAGUUACGAAUCAUUAGGAUAAUUGGGUCACCGGGACCGGUUAGGAUGUAAGAAGAAAAUUUUCUACUCUUAGUUAAGAACUGCAUGCACUUUUAAUCCAUUUGACGGAUUGUGAUCUCCAGUUUUUCAACCCCCCCUUUCCCCUGCUCCCCAUUGAUUGUCGUUUAAUGAAAUACAAUAUUUUCGCCGAGAAAAAAUAAUCGUUAGCAAAUUCGAAGCACAGGGUAGGGUCGUAGCGAAAAGUCUCUAGCAGAGCAACAGUUAAGCAAAGCAGAUGGAAAUGUGAAACCCAAAGCGAUUGUGAUCGAUUUUUUUUUUGUUUGAAUACCGACUUCAAAAGAUAUUUAGAUUUUAUCUUUGUUCAGCUGCCUCUCCUUAUCGGAUCGGUUCGGAGUUUUUCCGAACUUUUUUUCUAGAAUAUAACUUAAACGCCAAGUGAAGAAAAUAAUGUUUAGAAGGCGUGUUUAAUUUUUCUUCCAUUUUUAAAAUAGCGAAAAUAGUGGUUAUCAUGUAAUAGUUAUCCGUAGGCCAAUAAAGAUUUCAUUAUUUUUAGUAAGCAAAUUGAAACUUUAGUGAAAUUACGUAACGCAACAGAGCCAUGUCGAUUCCAUAUCGAAGUAGAGAUAAGUAAAUUUAAUUUUUUAGGCUUGUUCUGUAGGGCGAGGAUUAAAUCUUCAAAAGAUUAGCCUCGAAUGACGAUAAAUGAGCGAUUAAAUGAUUUCACAGUGACAGUAGCAAUAAGUUAGACAGCGCAUUUCCAGUAUCACCGUGAUUGGGGCGGAACCGUUUUGAGGGGGGUCACAGUAUUAAUCAUUAUUUGUCCAUUAAUUCUUGUGAAGGAGUCUUGAAAUUGCGGGAUUGGCUUGGCGAACAGUGAUGUAAUGGGGAAAUUGAUAGAUAUAUUGGCCAAAAAUAUUUCAUUUACAACUCGACCUAAAGUAAAAAAUUGCAUUUUUCUGAAAAAUUAUAUACACUGAGAAAAAAAAUUUUUCGAGAAGAAAGAUCAAAUUUCUUUUGUUUUUCUGUAAAUAUUAAUUUUUUUUCUCAUUUGAUGGUUGAGCUAACUAUAUACAUUUUUUUUAUUUUUUUUUCUUCAAAAUGAGCUUUUUAAGAAACUUGUUUUUAAUUUUUUGCUGUUGAAAAACAAAAAUUUGACUGUGCAUACUGAACUUUUUCAUGAAUUAGGUUUGUUGUAGUAAAAGUUGAAAAGUUGUUCCCCGAACUCGAUUCACUGUUCAUCAAAACCAACCGUAAAUCCACAGAUAAACAUACGUGCCCUUCGUAAAAAAUACCAAAAGAUUUUCGUCCUAGCUUGAAACGUUACACUUACGCGCCACCAUGUGAGAUUACUGCCUACUAAGAAAUUUUCGUAAAAACAGUUCUUGUCUUUGCUUAAAGCGACACCAGCGGCAUUACUGACGGUUCUUGUCUUUGAUAAUAAGUGUGCACGCUUGCUUACUAAACAAAAUUUCAAAAUACUCGUUAUUUUUCUGAACGAAGAAAUCUUCAUCGAGUGGCACGUCUGUUUCUCUGUGGUAAAUCUACUCAAUGCUGUCAGUUUUGACCAUAAAAAUGACCCGCAAAAUAAAUCUAGAAAAUAUUUCUUACCUCGGAAAUUUUUUACUUAAUCGAUUCAACUUUUGGUAAAUUAAAUAAAAUUUGUGUGGUUGAAUGAAAAUUAUUUUCAAAGUCAAUUGGUGUGAUUAUGCAAUUUAAUUUAAUCUGAAUUCAAAACCAGAAAAUUAAUUGGUUGUCAGAAUAACAUUUCGAUUAUUUUGCAAUUAUCUUUUGAAUCCACUAUUUAACGUUCGAUAGAGCUAAAAUGUUGCUUAGACGCAUUAGAAAGGUAUCAAAUAUUUUUUACAUUUUCGUUACUCCAAAAUAUACAUUUCCGAUUUUCUACCGACCCCUUUCUCGAUGAUAUCAAGCCCAAUCAAUUAUCAUGUUAGAUUAGAGUAACGACUUCCCAGGUUUUAUAUGAGUUUGAAAAUAAAAAUAAAUAAAAUAGUAGCAGAAAAGGAAGAAGAAGAAGAAGCGAAAAACGGCGCAACAAACAACCAUCGGAGCAGAGAAGAGAUAAGCUAGGAAAGGAUUCUUUCGAAUCUUGCUGUGCAAAAUUCCCAAAGAAUAUACAACAAAUAUGACCAAUACGAAUUCGAACGCAAUGAUCUCAAAUCCAAACGCGGGGGUCUUUUUGUUUUUUUGACUUUUAUUUUUUUGCUUGUUUUACACAUUAUUCUAUUUGAUCUUUGUAAACUUUUGUUUAUCGCGAGUAAAUAAUCUUAUUUUGUUUCGUUCUCAUCGUUAGCCGGAAGCUAGCUGCCGAAUUUUUAAUGUUGUUCUCCAAACGUGUGUUCGUUUGCUUCUAUGUAGGGUAGAGCAAUUCCCAACUUAUUUUAUCUCUUGUUUUUAUAUAUAUUAGCAUAGAUUUACAGAUUAUAUAGUUGCAUUUUUGUAUACAAGCAGUGAAUUUACUCCUCUCAGAUGAUUUUAACCUUAAUCAGUAGACAGUAGACAGGAUAUCGAUCCUUAAUUAGCGGACAGACAGGCAAUGGGAAAAAAACUUUAAGUUUUAGGAACGAUUUAGGAUAAGCUGGAUUAUUUUUCUGUAGCUGUAGACUAGUCGUAGUGCGAGAUUGAGGAUGAUUUCCCACCUGUGACACACGGCGACAUUUUGGAUACGAUUGGUGCUGUGGGAAACCUGUGAUGUACAUUUUUGAUCUCAUUUUGAACUGUUUCAUCUCAAUGUACCAUAGAACGAGCGAGCGAACGAGCGAGAGAAAGAAUUUGAAAAAAAGGCAAUGGAGCUCUAAACAAGUGAUGGUUUAUUUGUUGUAUUCAGUAGAAAAAUUGUAUUAAUUCUAUAUGAUCAUUUAUUAGUUCAUAGAUUAAUCGGAAAAAGGUGGGAGCAAUAGGCAGGAUAAGUUUUUUUUAUCUCUAAGAUUAUUCAAUGAUCUAAACCAGAUUUCUUAUUUUAUGAACGAUAUUUUUUUACUGUGUAAACUCUUCCAUGAACUAUGAGUUUAGCUUGUAAGGGUGAACAUUCUAGAAGCGGUCUCAUACGAAAUCGACGCCUUUAGCGGUUUGCCAUUGUUAUAAGAAGCAAAAUGCUUGUUUGCAGGAAAAUUCUCAAUAAAGCUGUGAAAACUCUGGUUGGAGAGUUGG